AUGGAUAAUAGUUCUCUUUCGUCGCUAGAUUCCGACGUGGGGCGGUGCGACUCGCUCGAGCAUGUGUCUGGAUACGCACAGACACCAACACUAGCGACCCAGGUGAGCAGAACACGCACAGCCGUGUCGCUGGCCUCCAGUGUCUCGCGCAGCGUCCGACAGAUUGUUGAGCAGGCCCAGGAUGACAACGAGCAGACGGCCUUGGAGCAUCUGGAGCACCAGGACGCGUACGACAAGCUGAACAUCGAAAACAUGGGUAUAAGUAGGGCUAUUAGAAUAGCUACCAAUAGAACUGAUAAGACUCUGGAGGCCCAGGUUUCGGGGCCCGAGACUCCAGAAAAAGAUAAAGGGUAUGCGUGGGUGGUUUGCGGGACGAUCUUCACUGUGUUUCUGUCUACGUGGGGCGCGAACGGCACGUACGGCGUGUUUCUGAACUACUGGAUGCAACACAGCACGUUUCCCGGGGCCAAGUCGACAGACUACGCUCUUGUCGGCAGCAUAGUGCUCGGACUGGCCCAGAUCCUGGCCCCGCCAGCGCAGAUGACCUCCGCCGUCAUUGGCAUCAAGCCGGCCAUGCUGAUAGGCCUGGUUUGCCAGACUCUGGGAUAUAUGCUUGCAUCUUUCUCCACUAAACUAUGGCAGCUCUACCUGACCCAGGGAGUUUUAGUUGGCAUAGGUUUUGCAUUUCUGUACAACCCGUCCAUUGUGACGGUUCCGGACUGGUUCAACAAGAAAAGAGGACUCUCGUUUGGCAUCAUUGCCUCCGCCAGCGGGAUCGGCGGCGUGGUGUUUGCGCUCGCGUCGCAAGGAAUAAUUGCCAAAACCGGGGGCCCGGCCUGGGCGCUCCGUGCUAUGGCCCUCAUAACAUUUUUUUUGAACGCUGUGAGCAUUAUUUUGAUUAGAGAGCGGAUUCCCUCGCAGCGACUCACGACCGUGCACGAGGUCAAGGUCCGGCUCAGCAUUCUGUUCAACAAGGACGUGCUGAAAUACCUGCAGCUCUACGUUAUAGUGUUCUGGUUCGCACUGAUUGUCUCCUGCUACGUGGUGGCUCUGUUUUCGCUGUCCGCGUACGCCAGCUUCAUGGGCCUGUCCGACGCCCAGGGCAGCCAUCUGACUGCGAUUUUCAACGCCUGCCAGGCCGUCGGCAGAGUCGCCAUCGGGUUCACGGCCGAUUACACGGGCCGCGUGAACCUGGCGAUCGUGCUGUCGGUGGUGAUGGUCGUUCUGGUUCUGGCCAUGUGGAUCAAUGCCACCACAGAGCCGUCUAUUUUCGCAUACGCCAUGCUCUCGGGACUCACGUUCGGCGCGUCGUCGGUGCUCAACCAGCCCAUUCUCGCCGACACGCUGCCCCCAGAGCUGUUUCCUGCCGGAUGGAGCUUCCAAGGCGUGGUUUUGGGCUGUUUCACCCUGUUCUGCGAGGUGGUGGCCCUCCAGCUCCGGGACGCGACCAAAUCCAAGCCGUUCAUCAAGGCACAGAUUUUCUGCGGCUGUUUCGCAAUCGGCGGAUUCGUACUGAUCACCAUUGUGCGCGAGUCAAGGGUCCGGACCCUGCUCACCAAAAGACUCAGCGAAACCGAAGAAACGCUCGAGUUCCAGAAGGAAGACGAGGUGCUGGCCAGAAGACACGCGACGUACCACGAACUCCUCACAAAAAGCCCGCUAGGGUUCCUGCUCCGGCUCAUGUACCCAAUCAAGGUGUAG